AUGUACACUCAAUUCCUCCUCGUACUUCUCCAAUUUUUCCGCGGUGUUACCUCUCGGCCUAAUACAGUAGGAAAAGGCUACAGGCCAGCUGCCUUUCAAGGUUCCACCAAUCCUGACACUGUUGACACUUUCUUUACGUUAACUGCUGGCACCACUCGUCGAAAGCGUGAUCUCUCAGGUGUAGCUCCAGCCAAUCCACUCCAGAAGGGACAUGAUUGGUACACGAAUCUAAAGGUAGAAGGACAAACAUAUCCUGUUGUCAUUGACACGGGAAGCAGCGACACAUGGCUUGUCAAACCCAACUUAACAUGUCUAGAUUUUGGCACAAGAUUACCAACUUCACAGAGUGCAUGUCUCUUCGGUCCAGGGUAUGCUUCCGGUUUAGACUUCACGCCCAUUUCAGACAAACACUUCAACACUACAUAUGCAAGUGGUGAGAAUCUAAAAGGAACAUAUGGGUUUGUGGACGUAACUUUGGGUGGUAUCUCCGUCAAUACUCAAAUUGCGACUGUCGACACAGCUGCCUGGCUUGGUGAUGGCACCACGAGUGGUUUAUUGGGACUUGCAUAUCCUUCUAUCACCGCGGCGUUCAAUGGCACCACUUUCGACAACGACAAUGCAGAAACUCAACUCCCAUAUAACCCGAUCUUUACGACCAUGUACACACAUCAUCUCAUUUCCCCGAUCUUCAGUCUCGCGUUGAGCAGGCCAUCAAAUGGUAUCGGCCACGACAAUGGAUAUCUAGCUUUAGGUGGCCUUCCUCCCAUCGCAUCUUAUGGCGCUUGGGGUGUAGCUCCAAUACAAUACGUUGCAAUUGGAAAGGGUUAUCUACAAGGAGCUCUCCCCUGGCCACAACAUCAAGUCUACACCCUCACCCCAGACAACUUCCUCUACCCCGGCAGCCAACGCCAGAAGUGGAAUCCCAAACACUGGUCCCCUCUCUCUAUGCCCGGCAGCAGUUCCCAAGUCCAGCUCUUCAUCGACUCGGGCACGACUCUCAUCUUCCUCCCUAAUUCCAUCUCCUCCGCUCUCGCAGCACUCUAUAAUCCACCCGCAGUAUAUAAUCAAGGUCUGCUCGCCUACUCCGUGCCCUGUAAUGCGAGAGCUCCGUAUUUUGCAGUCGUCAUUGGCGGCGUGCCACUUCCGAUUGACUCCAGAGAUAUGGUACAAGAUGACGGGACGGGUACCGGAGGGUGUGUCGCGGGUGUGAGUGAUGGGGAUCCGUUUGCUUUUUAUACGCUUGGAGAUGUGUUUUUGAAGAAUACCGUGGUGGUUUUUGAUGUUGGGGCUUCGCAGUUGAAGUUUAGGAGCAGGGGUUUCUAUUGA